UUGGUCGCCGAAUCUGAGGUCUGGGGGGUGUAUCGGAAGGGAAGUGGGUCUGUGGAUGGGUCGGAGCCCCUGGCAGCGGCGAUGAAGCUCGUUGCGGCGGCAGCUGCGAUGAAGCUCGUAGCGGCGGUCAGUAAACAAGGCUCCAUCUCCACCAUAGAGAAACAGAAAGAAGGGCCAAGCAUGGCACCAACUGCUCCAUUUGUAGAAGAAACUGACUGGGAUGAUGAGGGCUUUGUGUCACAAUUGACACAAGAGUUUUGUGCAACUCCACAACCUCAUAUGACAAAGGAACUCACACCCCUUGAACAAUUACAAAUGGGAGAUCAAGAUGAUUCAUACUUUAGAGGUAAGCAGUUGGAGACAAUCAUUGCAAGAGAUGGAACUCCAGCAAUGUUUGAAAGGAUUGAAAAAGACUUCUCUUUGGGUAGCUCAUCUAAGAAGUUGAAGCAGAUCAGAAAGAAGAAGGGAGAAAAUUCUAGAAAUAAGUGA